AUAAGGCACACACCUUCAUGUUGUCAAAAUUUAUAAGAGGAUGAUUUUGGCUUUACGAGUUAAAACGUAGGAUUUUUCAUGAGAACUUGGCAGCAUGGAAACUGGAUCAGUCCUAGCCUUCUGUAUUUUCCUUGCAGUGAUAUUGCUCUGUCCGGUCCAUGUUCUUGGAGGUCAAGCAUGUCUUUCAGACACCUUCGGCCCUCGUGUCGUUAAACGAGAGGAGCCCGUUGAACUUGAAGACCGUCCAGAGCCAGAACCACCCCAAAUCACCGGGUUCCCUCCAGGUCCAGUGACAGCUGGAACACAACUACGCGUUUUGUGCUUUGCCCCCGGAAACCCAUACAUGUACGAAUGGUACAAAGAUGGUAAAAAAGUAACAACAUCUUCCAGUUACGAUUUCCAAGUUACGAAAGAGAGUGCUGGUGGCUACUUUUGCAAGGCGGGAAGACAAACUUGUUAUAGAGUCAGCAGUCGCAAGAUCUUGGAUGUUUAUUAUAAAGCCGAUUCCGUCGUCGUGUCAUCUGGUAAGACCUCAUCCUAUGCUGGAGAAAAAGACAAGUUCACAUGUACAGUGACUGGAGGCAACCCCACCCCCACUGUUAAGCUCUUCUUCAAGCGAUCAGGUGGUACACCAGUGGAGGUCACCCAAGGUCAGGACAGGAUCAUGGUCAAAGAAGACAACCAGGCCGAGUACUACUGUCAGGCGAUGGUCCCUGGAUAUCCCACCCUCGAUAUGACCUCAAGUAGAAAGACCUACAAUGUAACCUUUGCGAAUACUAAAGUUUUCUUCCUGAAUAACCCAACCGCUGCUGUCCAGGCCGGCCAAAUGAAGAAGUUCACAUGUGAGACAGAUGAAAGUAACCCUAUUACUUAUAUAAAGUGGUAUCAACAUAUUAUUGGAUCAUCUUGGCGAGACAUCACCACCGGAAUAUCGACAUCAGAGAGGCAUGGUGUGUAUGGUGGAAAGAUCAGGAUCAGUGUGUGGUCUGUGACAGCAACCAAGGCCAUGAAUGGUGCAACAGUCAGAUGUUCGUCAAUGUACUCAUUGACGCGACAUGACUUUUCAACUAAUGCAGACACAACAAUGCAUGUAAAAUUCAACCCUUCAAAGAUAACGAUGACACAGAAGCCGCCGACAUCAAUAAAUGAGGGUAAAUCAUUUAAUAUUGUAUGCGAGACAGACAGUGCCAACCCUGUUGCUAACAUCCAAUUCCACAGGAAGAGAACAGAAGGAAACUGGGAGCAGCUGACAUCAGGGAUAACAUCUGAGGUCAGGGCUGCAGAGUUCAAUGGCAAGAUAAGGAAGAGUACACUGACUGUGACUGCUAAUAGGUUGGACACCAAGGCUGUCUUCAAGUGUGAAGUGAAGGAUGGCUCAUUUCAAGUGGAACAAACUGCAACAGUAAAUGUCUUGUAUAAAGCCGAGUCCGCCGUCGUUUCAUCUGGUAAGACCUCAUCCUAUGCUGGAGAAAAAGACAAGUUCACAUGUACAGUGACUGGAGGCAACCCCAUCCCCACUGUUAAGCUCUUCUUCAAGCGAUCAGGUGGUACACCAGUGGAGGUCACCCAAGGUCAGGACAGGAUCAUGGUCAAAGAAGACAACCAGGCCGAGUACUACUGCAAGGCGAUGGUCCCUGGAUAUCCCACCCUCGAUAUGACCUCAAGAAGAAAGACCUACAAUGUAACCUUUGCGAAUACUAAAGUUUCCUUCCUGAAUAACCCAACCGCUGCUGUCCAGGCCGGCCAAAUGAAGAAGUUCACAUGUGAGACAGAUGAAAGUAACCCUAUCACUUAUAUAAAGUGGCAUCAACAUAUUAUUGGAUCAUCAUGGCGAGACAUAACCACCGGAAUAUCGACAUCAGAGAGUAAUGCUGUGUAUGGUGGAAAGAUCAGGAUCAGUGAGUGGUCUGUGACAGCAACCAAGGCCAUGAAUGGUGUAUCAGUCAGAUGUUCGUCAAGGUACUCAUUGACGGGACAUGACUUUUCAACUAAUGCCGACACAACAAUGCAUGUAAAAUUCAACCCUUCAAAGAUACGGAUGACACAGAAGCCACCAAUAUCAAUAAAUGAAGGUGAAUCUUUCAAUAUUGUAUGCGAGACAGACAGUGCCAACCCUGUUGCUGACAUCCAAUUUCACAGGAAGAGAAGGGGAGGAACCUGGGAGCAGCUGACAUCAGGGAUAACAUCUGACGACAGGGCUGGGGAGUUCAAUGGCAUGAUAAGGAAGAGUACAAUGACUGUGACUGCGAAAAGGUUGGACACCCAGGCUGUCUUCAAGUGUGAAGUGAAGGAUGGCUCAUUUCAAGUGGAACAAACUGAAACAGUAAAUGUCUACUUUCCACCAAAUGUCAAGAUCUCGUCCAACCCGAAUCCAGUCCAAGAAGGUGAUACCCUGAUGUUAACCUGUACAGCUCUUGGCGGCAACCCACCUUUCUACACCUACAAGUGGUUCUACAAGGACAAUGAAAUACCAAAUGAAACCUCAAAGGACUUCAAGAUAACCGAUAUCAGGUACACCCAGUCUGGGACAUACAAAUGCCAAGCUAUCAACUACUCGCCUGAUGGUAAAGCCGAUGGUAGUUUGGAUAUAGAUACUCAGUAUAAGGCAAAAUGGAACCCCGAACUUCCCGAAGUCUUCACUGUAGCCAGUACACCCUACUCACCAAUGGAGCUCGUUCUCCAUGUGAUUGCAAACCCUUCACCUACAAAUGUCACUUGGUUCUUCCCAAACAUGACAACAAUUGGGGGAGAUUUUGUGGCGGCCAAAGUGAAUGAUACGACAUACACUUUGAACAAGGCGUCUAUCGGGGUUAACGACUAUGGAAACUACAUUGUUAAUGUGACAAAUGAUGCUGGAAUUUCAACGUUUAAUUUUGAACAACAGGGAGCUGGACCCCCGCAUUUACCUUGCUGUCCUGCACUAGAGGACGCAACUGCGGUGUCCUUGACCUUGAUCUUCAUGAGUAACUUCACUGGCGGAUCCGUCCAGACAUUCACAAUUGAGAACAAAAAAUCUGCUUUGAACGUAUGGGACACAGCUGUCAAGGAUAUUGCUGAUCCUGGUACUGGGAAUAACGUCGUCCAGAAGAUAUCCGGUCUAGGAAGUGAUACAAAGUAUAUGGUUCGUGUGAAGGCAACCAAUGAUGAUGGUGAAAGUGGUUAUGGGAAAAUCCUUGAAGCGAAAACUGAAGUUGCACCACAUGUCACGUUAACCGUGGAACGCAAGGACAACCAGGUGACCGUUUCAUGGACCAAACUCUUAAAGGAGUACACACAGAUCCAAAUCAGGUUUUGCCCGGAGGAAGGAGGAAGUUGUGGCUAUCAUGUUGUCGCUGACCCAACAAGCCUCACGAGCAGCUUCAUGGUCAAUGAGGGCACAAUUUACAGCUAUUAUAUGAUGAUAUUCGACGGUGAGGAUGUAGUUUUCGAUUCGGCGGCCGUGAAGGUGGCUACAUCUGGUCCGCUUACCGCGGCAAUAGGGGGCGUAAUAGGAGGCUUUCUAUUUCUCCUGGUCAUCGUGGUCGUGUUGGCGGCGGUGUUCAUACUUAAGAAGAGACGGGCAGAGCAAGACAGAGACAGACGUACGGCUGGAGGAGAUGCUGCGGGGCUGUCCAGCACUCGCCAAUCCCCUGACCCUCGUUUCCACGAUCAUAUUUACGUCAAUGUCGACAACAUUCCAUUGGAAAGUGAUGCUGCUCCCCCAAACCUAAACGAACCAGAUUAUGUCAACUGGCAGCCUCGAAAGUUACCUGUGCAAGGAGAUGGUGCAGAUUCUACAGAACCUGAGAAUGAAGAACCUCCCCUAGGUGAGCCGGGAACACGAGAAAACUAUCUUCGAGAAAGAAAGAAAGUAUAUGUCGACACUGAACCUCUAGAACCAUCUGUACAAGGAGGUGGAACAAGUUUGGCAGAGCCCAAGUAUGACGAACCUCGUCAAGAUCCACCAGGAGACCAACAGGAGCACGUUGAUGGAGGUGGUACACGUUUGGCAGAGCCCGAGAAUGACGAACCUUGUCAAGAUCCACCAGGAGACCAACAGGAGCACGUUGAAGGAGGUGGUACAGGUUUAGCAGAGCCCGAGUAUGAAGAACCUCGUCAAGAUCCACCAGGAGACCAACAGGAGCACGUUGAAGGAGGUGGUACAGGUUUAGCAGAGCCCGAAUAUGACGAACCUCGUCAAGAUCCACCAGGAGACCAACAGGAGCACGUUGAAGGAGGUGGUACACGUUUGGCAGAGCCCGAUCAUGGCGAACCUUGUCAAGAUCCACCAGGAGACCGACAGGAGCACGUUGAAGAGGUGAUACACGAUGAUGCCAAAUUGAUUCCAGUGGCCCAGAAGAAAAUUGAAGAUAUAUCCGUGGAAGAUUUCAAGCAAUGGCUCCUUUUGAAAGAAGUGACAGGCUCAACUUACCAAGUCCUCGCAAAGAACGGGUUGAACAAGGCCGUUAUCUUCGCCUUACUUGAACGGGAAGAUCUCAAGGCACUCCCUAUCGAGCCGCUUGGACAAGAGAUCCUCGUUCGAAACCUGGUGGAAAGUUUUCAAUCGGGGGCGAAGGCCUGGAAGGGCGAUGGGCAAAGAGCGUCAUCAGGAGAUGAUGAGGACGUAGACAAUCCUUAUGAAGAAUUGAAUAUCACGCCUGAUGUAUUGGCUGCCCGAGACUACACUCAGCUAAAAUCCUGGCGGUUAAGUCGAGCUGACAGCUAGCCGCCAUGCGUAGUUCAGAGGGUUGUUGGUGGAUGAUUCCAUUCCUAUAUAGGCCAACACAUAUUUGACAUUUGUAUCCUAGAACUCUUUUGAUGACUUUGCCUCGAAAUCAGCGCCACGAUCGGCAGAGGUUGGGACAAAAUUUCCAGAUUUUAUCUGCAGUUACACAUCCAGAAUAUUUUAAUCUGUUAUGCGCAGGCGUAACCGGAUACAAAUUCUGGAAAUUGAGUUCCAACUUCUGUCGAUCGUGACGUUGAUUUUGAGCCCUCAACGUACUUUCGAAUCUCUGAGAUGCCAAAAUAUGCACUCAGCAUGUCUUCGCCCAAGAGUAGCGCAUAUACUCUGCGUAGUUGGCCUCGUCACCUAUGAAAUCGGGCUGCAUCGGAGGCAUAUAACUGUAUAUGGCGUAGGGAUGAAAGAGUCUCGACUCUCAAGAUAACAUAACAAUUGGGUCGUGAUGCCAAUAAAACUGUAGCACCACUGUUACAACCACCAAUGUAAAAAUCAACGCUCAAUGUAUAAUAAUGUAUAAUAUCCACGCUUAAUGUGAGAACUUUUUUUAACGCCUAAUGUACGAACUUUCAAGUUAGAGUCAUGUUUUUAAUUUAUUUCAUUCCCUCUGGAAAAAAAAAUCCCCUCAACGAAAACUAUCCACAGAAUGAAUGAUCAGUGCCCCUGAAUAUGAGUAAAACAGAAUUACUCAUGUUCAGGAGGGACUCCAACAUAUUGGUUGAAGUCAUGAAAGUAAAGGGCCUCCUGAAUAUGAGUAAAACAGAAAAAACACUUAAAGUGAUGGAUGUUUGGUAAAACAGAAUACCCAUAUUGAGGAAGAACUAUAAAUCAUUGUAGAUGUUUGGUUAAAAAUUGCAUGGUCUUCUGAAUAUAAGUAAAACAAUUACUCAUAAUUCAGGAAUGACUCCAACAUAUUGGUUGAAAAGUGCAGGACCUCCUGAAUAUGAAUAAAACAGAAUUACUCAUUUUCAGGACAAAGAGGGCAAGAUUAUUGGUAAAAAAAUGUCUGGGCUACUGAAAUAAUAAUGUGGUUUAGCUGAUAACCUUUACUUUGGAUUUUGUAAAUGAUUAUUGAAAAUCAUUCGAAAUUUUUUUGUACUACGAAAAUUGUGAAUUCUGUACGUGAUUGUUAUUAUUAUGUACUUAGAUUUGAUGAAUAAAAUUGUCAUAGUGUUUAUAUAAAAAGUUUUUUUUCUUUAGAAUAACUGCGAUUUGCAGCCCUUGAACAGUUGACUUUGCAACUUCAUUUGAUAAAGUUUUGAAAAGAAAAAUACCUUAUUCAUUUUCAUUCUUCGACCUUUCACCAGAUGAACUUUUAUACACAGAUAAUCUUGUCAAGAGCGUUAAAUGAUAAUUUUGCAUUAAAAGUGCAUAAUAUUCAUCUGGUAUUUCAACAUAAUUUUAAGGAUAAAAGAAUGCUUCGACUUUUACAGCAUUAUUUGAUUAAAUUUCUGUGAAAAAUAGCCAAUAAAAUCAAAGGAAAAAAAUAUAUUUGGUUUACAGGACUUUAAAAUAUGAUCAGUUUAUAUUAAUCGGCUAUAAUAGAUCCAAAAGAUUAUGUAAAAAAAACAAGCAUGCUGUUAGCAAUGAAGAAAAACUGGUUAAAAAUAUGUUCAGAAAAUAAGAAGCUACCUGAGCCAAUUUUUACCAAAUAUGGCGAAUCUUAUAUGGCCAGAGACCUCUAUUAGCCAGCGUGUACAUUCUGUGUACAUUUUAAUGAAUAUAGGUUGGUGAAAAAAGUACACCAAGGGUGCUUUAAUUCCCACCAAAUUUUAUAUGUGUUUUGAAGAGGCUUUUAUCGAAAUAAUAGUAAAAAUUAAAAACAUUUCAAUACCGAUUCCCUGAGAAAAAUUGAUUUGUGUACAGCAUUGCCAUCAAAUCGUCACUCGCGGACUGAUAUGGGCCUAUCAGAAUACAAGUUCUAAACUGGCCAGUGAGACAAUAUUUCCUUAUAUUAAUUAUCAAAAAGUACAUACCCGUUAUGGCCUGGCUCUGUAGAUUAGGAAUCCACCAAAUAUUGAAGAAUAAAUCCACUUUCACCCAUCACAGUCAUGUAUUUACCACAGCUUCACAGUUCAGUACGGACCCACACUUCCGCCUGUGGAUGAAUAGAUGUCUCUGCCCUGUAGAUGUUUGGUUAAAGAGACAAGACCACAAUUGAUUUUUUAAGCCUUUUAGCAGUUAAAUUGUCAAUGUUUGACCGCGACGCAUCAAAUACUGCGUGGGGUUGUGAAUCUGAAAUUUAGAUAUGAUAUUCCGGACAGUCGGGCAAGUAAAUGGUGAAAAAUAAACUGGUAGUUGCAAGACCACGGAAAUUUUUUGAUAAUCGACAAAUUAGACAGACAUUGAUAUUUCCACUCUUUUCAGCCAACUGGCAGAAAAAUCUCAAAACACGCCCCCUAUUACCCAAUUAGCAAAAUUCGAAAUUAAUUUUUUCAUCAAAUAAUUUCUUUAUAUCUGUAGACUUGCCACAACAAAUAUUUUUUCAAUACCUCUCCAAAUAUGUACUUGAGAGUUAAAAACAUGCACUCGUCUAAUUGAUAGGCCUCGACCCUCCAACCUAUGAAUAUUCAUUAGUGGUCUUGUCUCUAAAAAGUGCAUGGCCUCCUGAAUAUGAGUAAAACAUAAUUACUCAUCUUCAGGAACGAUUCCAACUUACUGGACAAAAAGUGCAGGGCCUUCUGAAUAUGAGUAAAAAAUUCUCAUAAUUCAGGAAUGACUCCAACUUAUUGGUUGAAAAGUGCAGGACCACAUGAAUAUGAGUAAAACAGAAUUACUCAUUUUCAGGUUGAUGAGGUUAAGAUUAUUGGUAAAAAAAUGACUGGCCUCCUGAGAACCUUCACUUGGGAUUUUGUAAAUGAUUAUUGAAAAUCAUUCGAAUUU